AUGAGCGACUACGUUCUCGACCAGACCCGCCUGCCGGACAUCAACAAGCCUCGCUGGGAUCAGUCGACUUUCGAAGGUCGAGCUCGCCAUUUCUUCUCCACGGCCAACCCCUUGAACUUGUUCGUCUCGGAGGCGGAGCUGGAGAAGAGCCGCCGGAUCAUCACCCACUACAAGUUCGAACCGUUCCCCUUUCAAAUUUCACACUUUUCUAGAAAUAUGAAUUACGCAAAAAUUUUUUCUAAUAAUACGCAACGCACGGCGUUUCUGUUAGUGGAAGAAAAUGUGGAAUCGAAAAUACGGAGGGCGGAGUCGAACUUACCGCCGUUCCCACGUGACGUCAUGGGACGGCAGAGGUUUCGGCUCUAAGAGCGUAUAUGACAGGGCAUAUUAAAGGCGCAUGCGGCCGUAUUGCCAGAGGUCUUUGAGCCAAUCGAAUUCUCACUACAAAAAUGCAAUUUUUUGCGGAUAGCGGCGCAUCGCAUUCACACAACACAGGACACCUUACGGAGAAAAAGUGGGCGGGGCGUCAUCGAAAAAAACGUCGUGAACGUUCAAGAAGCAUUGUUGAGACCUGAUCGAAAACGGAAAUUAAAAAGCAUUGCUCCUAAAAAAAAAGUGAAACGAAUAAGUUCUUUCAUGGAACCUUAGAAAGAGCUGAAAAUUUUCCGCUAGAGUUCCUGGAUGAUGAGAUAAAAUAGCUUGCGAGCGCUUUACUGCAGAUCAUGAUAGUUUCAGUACCAGAGUAAACAUUUCAGAAAUGGCGUUUUCGACCCCAAGUUGAAAGUCGAAGAGCUGUGGCGGGCGAAAAGGCUCUACGAUUCGGCCUAUCAUCCGGACACUGGCGAGAAAAUGUUCCUCUUAGGACGGAUGAGUGCCCAGGUUUUUUUUUCGAAUAUUUGAUGGUAUUUUUUGGAUGUGCUAGGUCCCUUGUAACAUGCUGAUCACGGGAUUAUUGCUGACAAUGUAUCGAAGCUUCCCGGGCGUCGUCUUUUCCCAUUGGAUCAAUCAAACGUUCAACGCCAGCGUUAAUUACACGAAUCGCAGUGGAAAUAGUCAGGUUCGGACUUGAAAAUGUAGAAUCUGAAGAAAAGGGAUUUUGUGAAUAGAAAUGAAUUCUCAACAAAGUUUGCCAGCUCAUUUCAGGCCUCCAACCAACGACUCUUCGUUUCUUACUGUUGUGCGACUAGUGGCGCGAUGGCUGCUGCUCUCGGCCUGAAUUCGUUGGUGAAGGUGCAGAAAGAGGAUCUGUAACAAGAAAAAUAACCCAUGCAUCUCUCAGAAUCCCCACGGACUCGCCGCUCGACUUGUUCCAUUUGCUGCCAUCGCCUUGGCCAACGCCAUCAAUAUUCCGAUGAUGCGCAGCAAGUGCGUUUAGUUCUAAAACUUGAAAGAUCGGGGUCGCUCCUAAAACGGCUCAAAGCGUCGCGGUUUCGUUGCGUCUUCCACGAAGCUUUUAAACUGAACGACUUGCUCUGAAACUCUUCAAUACUGUAGCGCGCAAGUCGUUUUGAGUCGGAUGGAUUUCUAAUCGUUUAUUGUUUAAAAACAUGCUUUGAAACUUGUCUACUUAUCGUUCAACAGCUUCAGUUAACACUAUUUGUUGCUAAAGCGCGCAAGUCGUUUUGAGUCGGAUGCAUGUCCAGUCACUUGUCAUCCGUGACCCGACCUUCGGCAGCUUGCUACAAGUCGUUUCGAGUCGGUUGCAUUUUCCCACUUUCUCGGUUUUGACUUGAACUUCAACAGCUUUCUGUAACAUUCUACGAAGCUGUAGCGCGAAAAUAGUCUCGAGUCGGGCCCAUUUCGAACCGGCAAGUGUUUAAGGACAGUCACAGCGAACUGAAUACAUAUGAGAACACCAAAAUCCCAAGUUUAUAAUGGAAAAAACCAUGUUUUCAGUGAGAUCAGAGACGGUAUCGAUUUGGAAGACGAUGCUGGAAAAGUUGUCGGGAAAAGUCAGAAAUACGCGGUCAUUGGCAUCAGUCAGGUGACGAUGAGCCGCAUCGGAAUGGCUCUGCCUUAUAUGGGUGGGAUUUGUCUUCUUCUGCAGCUUUAUUCACUUUGAAAUUGCAGUCAUGACGCCGAUCAUCAUGAAUCGAGUAGCGCAGACGGCGUUUUACAAGGUUUUUUAUAUGAAGAAAACAAUUGUUCCGAAACAAAUCACCGUUUUUUAAAGGGCGCAGGUAGCCUUAAACAGAAAAAUAAAAUAUUUUCGCUAUAGGACCUUUGAAAACUCUGCCGAUGCUCCUUUAAAGCCUUUUUUUUUUUUGAAAAUUCGAGAUAUGACCUCUGUCUGAUUUUCGAGCAAUAGUUGGCUUUCAAGAUAUUCAAAGCACGGAUUUAGUCUUUUUUUUUCUUUUUUGUUAAUUUUUUUUAAAUUAAUGCUUUGAUAUUAAUUUUAUAAUCAUCCCGCAAACUUCUUCUUUGACGAAACUUUUUUCAGCGAAGAACUUGGAUCUCGCUGCCCCUUCAGACGUUCCUUUGCGGAAUCGGCCUCGCCUUCACCACACCUCUUUGCUGCGCCUUUUUCGAGCAGAAAUGCCCCGUUUUGGUUCGGAUUUUGUCUUUUGUCCAACAAGGAAGAUCUUUUUCCGUUCUUGGAUAUUUUCAAGUUAUGGCUCAGAAAGCCUUCAGUAGUUACCUGGAUUUAUAAAAUUUCCCAAUUUCCUAUAGAAAAUCCAUGGAAAUCAAAAAAAAAACCGUAGUAUACGGUUAAUGAUUUCAAGUAGGCUAGGUUGAGACUUUCAGAACUUUUUUUGGCACAUGUAAGAUUAUUCGGACACCUUUUGAAUUGAAAAUUUUAGAAAGACUAGACGGCAAAAUAUCGUUCAAACAAUAGUUUCGGCUCUCUUGAUAGCUUCUUUACAGGUUUCUCAGCUCGAGAAGUCGUCCCGCGAGGCGGUUCAGAAGCUCCCGAACCCGCCGACCGUCGUCUGGUACAACAAAGGCCUCUGA